UUUAUGGUCAUGUGGUGGAGACGGUUUAGUGACAACAGAUAAUGUUGGUACUGAACUUGUAUAUUAUUGUAGUAUGGUGCAAAGAUACACAUAAAUAGUCUUCGCAUAUUCUAUUAUGAGCAGGAAUUUAUAGGUCAUUUAGAAAUAAUAAUUCACUCAAAGGAACAAACACACAUGCAUGCACACUGUGUCUCUUUCUCUCUCUCUUUCUCUCUCUCUCACACACACAUACACACACCCAUUCAUCACCACUUCUCGUCUUCAUGUUUCAAGCCACUUCUGUUUCCAGCUGUCAGUUCCAUUUGGCCUCAUAAUGCACAGUGGAUGUGUCAGAAACAGACACACAGUCAAGUCACUCAUUCCUCCACAUGCACAGGCUCACUAUACUUCUAAUUCCAGAGGAAAUAAAGAAGGAUGUCUCCAUCUAAAAACCUCAAAGCAGCAACUCUGUCUAGAGGAGAUUACUUUUGAAGUGAAGCAGAAAACCCAGAGACUGUUCUGUUCCAUACGAUUUUUUUUAAAACAAAAUACUUCUAGAAACUCACAAAUUUGUUUUCACAAACAUGUUUACAAGAGCAGCCCUAAAGACCCCUAACUACUAAUCUUCAUUUUAUUUUUCAAGAAAUGUUGUUUAACAAUUUUGCUUAAAAAUACCUCGCUUUUUGUGAUUCCCCACCACAGGCUCUUUGAUUCCCUAUUUCCUUGGAUUUGUUAUGUCUCCUUGUAGAAAAUAUUGUUUUGAGGUAAAAGAAACCAAUAUUGCAAGUAUUUCCUCAUACUGUCUAUGGACAAUGCCACUGCCAAACAGGUGCUUGGAAGGUGAAGUGACAUUGCCCUCUGAUAUCUUGCUGAAAGAUCUUUGGUAACAGAUGGCGGGACCAUUGAUUGUCCCCUCGCUUUAGUGCUUUUGAUGGGGAUCUGAAACGAGUGAAACAUGGUGGGGGACGGUGGUGGAGGUGUUAUCAGACUCCCUCUGUCAUCACCAUGUUUUGUCAGUGUGCCAGACAGCUCCUUUAACUGUUUGUCCAGCUCUACAGCAGCUUCGCCACCUACUGAGGUCAUGGUCAACCCCAUUGAAACCCUUAUAAAGCCUGUAAUUAUGGUCGGAGAAGGAUAGAGUGUUUCAUUGUAUAUCGCAUGGAUGGUGCAGUGGCAGUUGGCUGGAUCACUUAAGGUGGCAAGGGUACGUUUUGUCAAGGGAGGCACUGAGGUGCCCCUUCCUCCCUCUGGGAUUCAGAGGCAGGUGAUGCACGCCAGGGAGUUUGUUGGCCCGCUAAGAAUGGCAUGUGCAUUUGAGAGCCCGAGGGUUCAAGGCAGCUCAGCUGUAACCCUAAACCAGAAUAGACGUUUACCCUUUGAGUGUCUAGAGGGGAGGGAAGGGUUGGACAAAUAAACACUAAGGUGGGCAAUGGUGUCUUGUGUAGCCUCUGGACUCUCUUUCACACACCUGUCCCCUUUGUGUGUGUAUGUGUGUACUGUAUUUGUUCUUCACAAAAAUCACAGGUUGUGUCUUUGUCCCCACCUCACUUGCUCCCUGCUAUUUUGGUGGGUAACAGCUCCCAACUCUUGGUCCCAGACUCCUCUUCUUUCUUUGGUCUGCAUUAAAAAACCUCUCCUUCUCAUUGCCAGUCUGUUUGACAUUGAGUUCACCUCCAGCUGCUCUCUGAAUUCAGCCUGUCAGUCCUGCUGCAAAUCCAGAUUUAUGACUUGAGAAACAAGGCAAGACUGAACCCAUUUGUGGUCCACUAUGCCCCUAUUGUCCUCAGACUGCAUGGCCAGCUCCUUCCCUACAGCUGCGUGGUUCACCUUCUAACACCAACACCCAGGUUUGUCUUGGUUCUCAGCCAUCCAGACCUUCUUCUAGCAGUAAGGUCAGAUGCGGCCGACAACUCAAGUCUUCAAGCAUCAAAAAUAACUGCAAAUCCACUUUGAGCCUUCUUGGUGUCAUCAAUGUUGUACAGUAAUGGAAGAAAUGAGUUGAUUGCACGGUAUAUCAAACUUCGUACAGGAAAGACAAGAACCAGGAAGCAGGUAUCCAGUCACAUUCAGGUUCUGGCUCGACGAAAAGCCAGAGAGAUCCAGGUGAAGCUGAAGGUACGCUACGAUCAGGCUGCCAAAGACAAGGCCUUGCAGAGUAUGGCCACCAUGUCCUCAGCCCAGAUCAUUUCACCCACAGCUUUCCAGAACAAGAUGGCGCUCCAGGGUCUGUCUAGGCCAGCUUAUUCCACAUCUGGUGGAUUUUGGCACGGGGCACUUCCAGGACAGCCAGGAAGCCACGAAGACAUUAAGCCCUUCUCCCAGCAGACUUACACCAUGCAAGCGUCCGGACCUGCCCCCAUAACAGCAGGUUAUGAAAGCACCGCAGGGCUAUCCAUGUCCCCAACUGCCCCUCCUUGGCAGGGCAGAAGUAUUGCCAGCUCUAAGCUGCGAAUGCUCGAGUUCUCUGCGUUCCUGGAACAGCCUCAGGACCCAGAAUCCUUCAACAAGCACCUGUUUGUGCACAUUGGCCAGUCCAACCCCAGUUACAGUGACCCUUAUCUGGAGUCGGUCGACAUCAGGCAGAUCUACGACAAGUUUCCAGAGAAGAAGGGAGGCCUAAAGGAGCUGUUUGAGAAAGGGCCACACAAUGCCUUCUUUCUUGUCAAGUUCUGGGCUGAUCUGAGUAUAAACCUGCAGGACGACAGCAGCUUUUUCUACGGUGUUUCCAGCCAGUAUGAGAGCUCUGAAAAUAUGGUCAUCACCUCCUCGACCAAAGUCUGCUCCUUUGGCAAGCAGGUGGUGGAGAAAGUAGAGACGGAAUACGCACGUUUUGAGAAUGGCCGCUACAUGUUCAGGAUCCACCGUUCCCCGUUAUGUGAAUACAUGAUCAACUUCAUUCAUAAACUCAAACAUCUGCCAGAGAAGUACAUGAUGAACAGUGUACUGGAAAACUUCACAAUCCUACAGGUGGUCACCAACAGAGACACGCUGGAGACCCUGCUGUGCAUAGCUUAUGUUUUCGAAGUGUCCACCAGUGAACACGGAGCACAGCAUCACAUCUACAGGCUAGUGAGAGACUGACACAGUCACACACUUGGAACUCUACCGCUCUAGUCCCACUGUAGCACCGCGGUAAACAACAACACUCUACAAUGGACGACUUCCUCCCUCUGUUCAGCUCAGAGCUGGAACCUCACCACUCGGUCUGGAGCCCAGAGAAACGCUGGCUUUGUUGGUGAGCCAAGCAACACAGUGACUGCUGAGGAAGAAGUGAAUCUGUGGCUGUGGAGGCUGACGCAGGAUUUUAAAGGAAAAAGUGAAAAAAUAAAAUAAAAUAAAAACUGACGACACACUGUGGUCAAAGGAGCCAAACUUAGUCAACCAUAUCUGCAUGUGAGAGUUGUCAUUGGUGGUUUUCGUCUCAUUUUAUUAGUGUUUUUUUUUUAAGUUAGAUUCUUUGUGUGCAUGUGCAAGAGAUGUUUGCUACAGAGUUGGGCUGCCUCAGGGUGCCACCUGCUGACGACAAUAAAAAUGGCAUCGAGGAAAAUUAUGGAAAUUUAGGCGAGUUCCUCUUUUGCACCUUUAUUGUGUAUUGAGUGUUUUUCGUGCCGAUCAGUUGAUACUUGCUGAGGAUUGAAGUAAUUAUGUACAGUGCCAUUGAACGAAGAGGAUUUAGAGAGCUGUUGUAAUCUCUUUGUUUGAUGUUUUGUGUUUUUAGUAUUGUCUUACUGUCUGGCUACAACAAAAAGGCACAUAAUAACAACAUCCUAACUUGAAGAAGAACUGUAUCUGUAACUUGCCCUGAAGAGUCGUAUUACGACAAAAGUGUACCUUUAAUAAUUGCUCUGCUGAGGGUUGGAUUCAGUGUUGUGGUUUAAUACUGUAAUUAUUAUUAUUCCACAUGGAAGAUUCUAUGUUCUGUGUUUUUUUUUUUACAUGCAUACAUUACAUUUGUGGGCAAAGCCUUUACAUUUGCUGAUACUUUUGGACAUUUGACUGUCUCUAAAUUAUAUCACUGAGGUUACAGAUCACCCAAUAAAAAGAUUUGAAGGUU